AUGGACCCAAAUACACUUACAGGAUUUGCUGGUUCCAUAGUUCCUAUAACUAUCUCUUUUUCUGAAUGUUUGGCACUCCAAUAUUUACAAAUUAUUGGCGACGUACUUUUCCGAGAGUCACUGUCUGCUUUCUUACUGUGGAGAUUAAGGCAAAUACACUAUGAUCGUCGAGAUCAAUGGGUUAGCAUUAUAUUAUUUACCAUUAAAUCAGUUCUUACGUUACCCAUUCUAGCCUUACAGCGUCCUAACAUGGUUUAUAAUCCAAAAUUAAGGAUGGAAAUAUGUGAUCACUAUCAUAGCCAAUUAGAAAAUUCCUUUGGACGGGAAUCAAUGGUAACUUUAUUCUUGGGACCCAUUUUGGGAGACAUUUACAUUGUGGAGGUGGCUGUUCCUCUUAAAACAUUUAUAAACAUAUCUUUGUCAUAUGUUAUUACUGUUGACGCUGAAAUCGUUAAAGUUAUCGAGGGUAGGAAUCCAUCUAAAGAUUCAAGCGGUGGAUCGGCUGGUCCCGAGAAAUCGUUUAAAAGCUUACAAAGCCCUCGCACGCCGCGCACACCACCUAAAUACAAAGCAACCCAAUCAUCCGUAUCUAGAGACAUACCUUCACCUUCCUUUAAACUACCCUCUGCGGAGCAGACAAGUCAAAUCGAUAACAAUAAACUCGCUGUUGUAUCAAUGAAGAGACUGUCCUUCUUCGAGUGGGCAGGUUUCGUGGUAGGGAAACGUUUUAAUAAAAAUACUUUAGGUGUUUCCUAUGAAGAUGAAACUGAGACUACUGAUGCAGACGUUGAAAAAGGUUUAGAUAAACGAAGAGACAGUAAUCUAAGUAAUGCAUCCACAUCAUCCAACUCUACGGACGAUAAUCAUAUUCCAGCUCAAGUGGUUUUGAUGAAUGAAUGGACUGGAGAUUUAGAUAUUGAGGUUAAUAAUUUUAUAGAGACGCUAAAUAGAAUAAUGAGUGAAAACACUAAUGAGAUUACACGCUUAGAAAAAUUUCAGAGUUGUAGUGAUGAUAUAGAAUUGGAACAAAUGGUAAGUCUAAUAUCUACAUUUUUAGAUGAAAUUACCGUGAAUAUUCUAUGA